AUGGCGAGACUGGCGAAGUUACUAACGUAUCUGCCAACCAAGGGCUUUCAUGCUAUCGCCCAGGUGAGCAUCGAAGGCUCUGACGGCACCAUCAAGAUCCAUGGAAGGGACCUUUCUGAGCCUUUUGCCGUGACACCGUACGAGGAAGGCCUGCAGUUCAUCUUGGGCGCGGAUGAGGUCGCCCGAUGCAUCAGUGAAGGCCUCCUAAAGAGUCACGAAAUGCCUUGGGAAGAGAGCCUACUCGUCAUGGAGAUCAUGGAUACGGUGCCCGAGCAGAAUAAUCUACAGAUUCCGCCGGAGAUUGAGUCGCUGGGAUUACCCCCCAGUCUACUUGUUAGGACGUGA